AUGAAUUGGUUUUCUAGUUCUGCCAAUACGACAACCUUGGCGAGUAAUAACGUUAAUGCGGGUGGUACAAAAGUUAUACCCACUAUUCCUGCAAAUGCCAAAUGGGCACAGAAUGGAGUGACUAUUGCUCGAAGCAACGGGAUAUGGGAUGCCACCAGUCAACUCAACCAACCUAUGGGUCUCUUUGUUGAUGAUGAUCAAACAGUGGUCAUUGUUGACGAAGGGAAUAAUCGUAUCAUGCAAUGGGAGAAAGGUGAUACGAGUGGACAAGUCGUUGCUGGUGGUAAUGGUUCAGGAAAUCGACCGGAUCAAUUGUAUGAUCCCAGUGAUGUAUUGAUCGACAAAGAGACGGAUAGCCUCAUAAUUGCUGCGGGGAGACGAGUUGUACGAUGGUCUCGUCGUAGUGGCACAACACAAGGAGAAAUCCUCAUCAACAAAAUCGAUUGCUGGGGAUUGGCUAUGGAUGAUCAGAGAUAUCUCUACGUCUCUGACUACAAAAAACAUGAAGUAAGACGCUAUCAAUUGGGAGAGAAGAAUGGCACCCUCGUGGCUGGUGGAAAUGGUAAAGGUGAUGGUCUCAAUCAACUCAACUCGCCGAGAUAUCUCUUUGUCGAUCUACAACAGAAUGUCUAUGCGUCAGACUUCAACAAUCAUCGUGUGAUGAAAUGGAAUAAAGGUACAAACGAAGGCAUCAUCGUUGCUGGAGGUCAAGGUAGUGGGAAUGCUCCGACACAAUUUGAGUAUCCUGGAGGGCUCUUUGUUGAUACGUUUGGUACACUCUAUGUGGCAGACACGCUUAAUCAUCGUGUAAUGUGUUGGCCUAAACGAGCGAAACAAGACACUGUAAUUGUCGGUGGAAACGGUCAAGGAGCAGGAGCAAAUCAACUCUACAACCCUGUUGGUUUGUCUUUCGAUCGACAUGGUAAUCUCUAUGUCGCCGAUAAGUAUAAUAAUCGGGUGCAACGAUUUUCUCUCGAAUAG